AUGGCCGCCCCUUGCCAUGCAUCAAAUUUCAUAGUUGUCAUGUGCAAGUGCAUGUACUUGAUUGUCAUUGAUGAUAUAUGGGAUGAACAACCGUGGAAACUUAUCAAUUGUGUUCUCUUUGAAAACAAACUUGGCAGUAGAGUAAUCACGACAACUCGUAAGAUUGAUGUUGCUAAGUCAUGUUGCUCUUCCAACGAUGUUGAUGGCAUCGUUUAUGAACUGCAACCUCUUUCUUAUGGUGACUCUGAGCAAUUGUUCUAUCACAAAAUAUUCGGCAAGGAUGGAUGCCCUAACGAACUAAAGGUUGUAUCGAAAAGAAUAUUAGAGAAGUGUGAAGGCUGGCCAUUAGGUAUCAUUACCAUAGCUAGUCUAUUUGCAAAUAAGCCGACACAAACAAAGGAUCACUGGUAUAGUGUAUACAACUCAAUCAGUACUGGACUUGAAAAUAAUCGUGGUGUGAAGGACAUGCGGUUGAUAUUAUCACUUAGCUACCGUGAUAUGCCUUCACAGCUGAGAGCUUGUCUUUUGUACCUAAGCAUAUUUCCGGAGGACCACAUAAUUGCGAGAGAUGACUUGAUACAGAGAUGGAUAGCCGAAGAUUUAGUUCGUGGAAGACAAGGUGACAGCCUCAGCCUGUAUGAAUUAGGAGACAAGUACUUUAACGAGCUUAUUAAUAGGAGUAUGAUCCAACCAAGCGAUCUGGAUGCCUUAGGGAGGGCGCAUGCUUGUAAGGUACACGAUUUGGUACUUGAGUUUAUUAAUUUCUUGUCAGCUGAAGAAGGCUUCGUCACGAUAUUGAAUGGCCGGCAAUCUUUUCCAUCUGAGCCAGACAGCAUACAUCGGCUAUCCCUCCGAAAUAGCAAGGGAAAGGACGGCAUACCCAAGGUUAUCAACAGGUUGCCUCAUGUGAGGACACUCGUUGUAUCCUCGGGUGCUAUUGAUUCAAUGCCUUCCCUCUCCAUCUUUCCAGCUCUACGUGUCUUGGAGUUAGAACAUUGCACCACACAUAACAUCAGGGGUGUGGAAAGCUUGGUUCACUUGAGGUAUCUGAGGCUAAGCCAAGAAUCCCAUUAUUACUAUCAUGAUGUUUGCAUUAAGCUUCCGGAAGGGAUCGGAAAGCUUCUGUUUUUGCAGAUACUAGACCUAAAGGAGGCCAGAAUAAAAGAACUGCCAUCCACUGUGGUUCAGUUUAGACAACUGAGGGUGCUAGAGAUUUCACUCCGUAAAUGGGACAAGAGAUGUGACAAGCGUUUGCUCCAGUGUUUGUCCAAUGUGAAGCAACUCGAAGCUCUUUGUAUCUUUGCUCCAGAUUUAUCCUUGGACUUCAUGUUGCGAGCAGAUUGGGCCCCUAGAUACCUCCAAAGAUUUGCAGCAUCUCCCCGUGUGCGGACUGAAGCUAUACUCAGGACAGGGUCUGUAUGGGCAGAGUUGAGCCCAUUCUCCACACUGCCAAGGUGGAUAAAUUCCUCGCUCUCCACCCUCUCUGACUUAUCCAUCAUGGUGAGGACACUAGAGCAGGCAGAUCUCGACAUUCUUGCAGAUUUUCUCUUACUUCGUUCUGUGGAUUUGGAAGUGGUAAAAGCCACCAGAACAAGGCUGGAGAUCAAGAGCAGUACUGGCCAUGGAACAGCAUUCCGGUGUCUAGGAAACCUCAAGUUUGCAAGUCGUGCAGUGGGGCUGGUGUUUAGACCGGGAGCCAUGCAGAAGCUUCAGAAGCUAUAUCUUUGCUUUGAGGUUGCAGAGACAGAAGAUAUUCAUGGUGAUUUCGAUUUGGGCUUGGAGAAUCUCACCUCCCUUAAGACUGUCAACGUGGAAGUUGACUGUCGCUGUGCCAGGCUCUGGGAGGUAGAGGCUGCAGAAGCUGCAUUGCGUAAUGCAACCAACCUGAAUCCCAACCCUCCAACUCUAGAUUUGAAGUGGCAUUUCCAAGAAGAGAUGCUAAGUGAUCAAGAGGAAGAGAUCCCUGAGGAUCGACAAGAAAAUAAGAAAGAAGAUCAGCGCAGUGCAGGCCCGUGGGGUGGCCGUUACGGGACUGCUUAUAAAACGAUUCAACUUGGUCCUUCGGAGUAUCUCAUAAAAGUUUCUGGAACAAUUGGUUCAUUUUCUGGACUUCACAACCUUAUAACCUCGCUUACCUUUGUCACCAAUGCUGCUUCCUAUGGACCUUUUGGAGAAGGUGGAGGAGAUCCGUUCGUCGUUCCAAAGCAGAGCAAUAGCACAAUUGUUGGCUUCUUUGGUCGCGCAGGAGUAUUUCUUGACGCAAUUGGUUUCUACGUUCGCCCACUGUGA